GGCCGGGCAGGCAGGCAGGCCCUGCUGUCCUCCUGCAGGCCAGCAAUCUGCUGGCAGUGGAGGACCAGGCCGCCCAGGAAAGGAAGGGGUCAGGAGGUCGGGCCGCGCCUGAGCAGACUCAGACAAGGCCCAGGAAGGGAGCUGCAGGCGCCUUUGAGUCCAGGAUCCAGGCCUGCCUCGGAUUGUUCAAAAAGAGCCUAGGGCAGGCCUCUGGUGGGGGAACUGAGUCAGAGCAAGGCCCCAGGGCAAGGCCUCGACGCUGAGAGCCAAGUUAGGGGUAGGGGCAAAGACCUUUGGGGUUCUCAGGAACUAACGGUGGUAGGGGGCUUCAGGACAUCUCAGUCCAGAGCCGGAUUGGCGAGUUAGACGCUUGUAGAUCCAAGGUUGGAUUGGGGUGGGGUCUCUGGGACGUUGGCUCGCUAAGCAAGGAUUGGGGGGAUUCAAGUGCUUAGAGAUCAAAGUCAGGGCUUGGGUAGGGGGAGUCAGACAAUUGGAAAGCUUGGUUAUUUGAGGAGGGGUCUUUGCGCUUUGGCGAAGCGCAAAGCUGCGCUUUUUUGGUUUGAGGCCUGAGGUCUUGUCAAGAGAGGCUUCUAUGAAAGGGUGGGCCAGCUAGACGAAGCCAAGAGAAAGAAAGUGAAUAAAUCAGGAAUAUAAGUGGGCGGGGGUCCCCUGAGAGGGGGGUCACAAAGGGUGAGACAUGGCCACCAGGCGUUUAACCGACGCUUUCUUGUUGUUGCGGAAUAAUUCCAUCCAAAACCGGCAGCUGUUAGCCGAGCAAGUGAGUAGUCACACCACCUCCAGCCCUCUGCAUUCACGUAGCAUUGCUGCGGAGCUGGAUGAGCUUGCUGAUGACCGUAUGGCACUGGUGUCAGGCAUCAGCUUAGAUCCAGAGGCAGCAAUUGGAGUGACAAAACGGUCACCUCCUAAGUGGGUGGAUGGAGUGGACGAAAUACAGUAUGAUGUUGGCCGGAUUAAACAGAAGAUGAAAGAAUUAGCCAGCCUUCAUGACAAGCAUUUAAACAGACCCACCCUGGAUGACAGCAGUGAGGAGGAGCAUGCCAUUGAAAUAACCACCCAAGAGAUCACACAGCUCUUCCACAGAUGCCAGCGCGCUGUACAGGCCCUGCCCAGCCGGGCCCGCGGGGCCUACUCCACACAGGAGGAGCGUCUGCUUCAGAACGUGGUGGCCUCGCUGGCACAGGCUCUGCAGGAGCUGUCCACUAGCUUCCGGCAUGCACAGUCAGGCUACCUGAAACGCAUGAAGAAUCGAGAGGAAAGAUCUCAGCAUUUUUUUGAUACAUCAGUACCACUAAUGGAUGAUGGAGACGAUAAUACUCUAUACGAUCGGGGUUUUACAGAUGACCAGUUAGUGCUGGUGGAGCAGAAUACACUGAUGGUGGAAGAAAGGGAGCGAGAGAUACGCCAGAUCAUACAGUCUAUUUCCGACCUGAAUGAAAUAUUUAGAGACUUAGGAGCAAUGAUCGUAGAGCAGGGUACUGUCCUCGAUAGAAUCGACUAUAAUGUUGAACAGUCCUGUAUCAAAACCGAAGAUGGCCUGAAACAGCUUCACAAGGCAGAGCAGUAUCAAAAGAAGAAUCGGAAGAUGCUUGUGAUUUUAAUAUUAUUUGUCAUCAUCAUUGUCCUCAUUGUUGUCCUCGUCGGCGUGAAGUCUCGCUAAGUGACGUUGGGUUCUCAUGGUGUGCUGGCUGCGUGGAUUUCCCAGGUGUGAGGGGCUCAGCCCGUGCUUGGCUGGCUGCCUGCGGAGGUGCGGCCCCCGGAUCCGAGAGUUGGGGCAGCAAACCUUUCCAUGGACUCCUCCUCCCAGUCGUGCUCAGCGAGGGGAAUGGGCUUUUGUUUUUCCUUCACUGUCAAGAACUUACGGACCUUUGAUACUGUUGCAGAAUAGAGAUUGAGUUCUGUGAUCAGGUAUAAUAUAUAUUUUUUUGAGAAAGAGAAAAUGAGUUGAAAGUUUACAGGCACUGCAGAAGCUGUUCAGUAUUAUACGUGUACAUGCUAUUUUUCUAGCAGUCAUGUUUGAGCAGCAUGUUAAAAUAAUUUUUGGAAAAAAUUUUUUUAACCAUCUGGUUUUUAAGAAAUUUGGUACCAAAAUUUAUUAGUAGAGGCAAAAAUUCCUCUUCAUCUUUCUCUCUAUAUUUUACAGUUGAAAACAAACUAAGAAGUCCUUUAAGAAUUUAUAAUCCAUUCCCCAUUAACUUAAUUUAGCUAUUCCAUCACUGUUAAUGAUCAGAGUAACAAAGUGUGAAAAAUAAGAAACCAUCAUUGAUGUUAAUUAACACAUUUAGAUGGGCCAGUUAAAACAGCUAUAUAAGUUUAAAUUAAUUGUAAAUAGAGUAUUCCUCAUUUAAGAUUUUUGCACUGCAUUUUCUACUGUAAACCAAAAGGAGUUAGUAAACAAAACCAUCUAAAUGUAAAAGUUGGUGAUUUGAAUGAACCUCAUGUUAUAAGGAAGCUUGACAGUGUCAUGAAAGUCACCAGAUACGGCCAGUGUGUCCCUGUGGCCGUCCCUGGCCACCCUUGCUCAGUCCAUUACUUACAUACUAACUACAUAAUGACCUGUUCAAACCAGACUCCAUUUAAUGAACUGUGAAUUUACACAGAGGCCUUUUUAAAUGGGGCACCCCAUUUAGGGUUAGUGGACCUCAAAUUAUUAACCAAACAUCACUCCAUUUCAAAGUAAAAUAUUCCACCAGUGAUUUGAUUUAUCGGCUCUUCAACUGCCACUUAGCAAUGCCCAGAACGUAGGCAUAUUUCCGAGGAUUGUGAAAAUUUGACUAGGAGGAAAUCCUUCGGUUGUGUGAGCAUAGAUCAGAUCACCAAAGCAGGACUCUGUCGUUUACUUACCUACUGUCAAUAUGGUGCUCGAAUAUAUUCCUGGAACUGUAGAGUAAUGUGGGAAGUGAUGAUAACUUUGAAAACUGUUUAUUGGCCCUGUUUUAAUUGACACCAGUAUAGUUUUAAUGGUCUUUGUGUUAUUUUUGAUGGCUUUUCCAUUGUUUUUGCUUCUCUUAAAAAGUUUAAGAAGAGCAUGACCUCGUUAAAUAUGUUACCCUUUAUUUGGACCAGUCACGUAAGAUGUCUCUGUAGAAUUGACUUUGAAGUUGCUUCCAGAGAUUCAAGUUGUCCAAACAGAUCAUGGGCUCGACACCCAAACCCCUGCCCCAGCCUCCCCUUCCCAAGUUGUUUAUGCCUCCAGGCAGCCACUGGUUUUUAAAUUAUUGAUGUGACGUGGAUGACAAUGAUCUAAAUGUGUCCUGGCAUUUCAGGAAAUAGCAUGGUAUUCCCUGACAAACAUUUAUUAGGAAAGAGGAUCAUGUAAUACAGAUCUGGUGCCUCCGCAAUCACCUCUGAAAUGUGGGGCUUCUACAGAUCUUGAGAGUCACUCACUGUAGGUUCUUUAGUCCCAUUUUAACCCAAUGGUUGAGAAGUUCAAAGGUAGACCAGUUGCUCAUAGGAAUGGGGCUGUUCACAUUAGGGGAUUUGCCUCAAAAAUGGUCUACAGAGGCAAUACUAGAUCAUUGUUGAAGCUUCUUAAAAUGCUCAGCCUUAUUAAUCCUUGAAGGAAAGUGAUCUUUAAGAAAGAAUCACCAUUUAUUUAUAUUUAUUUUUACCAAAUGAGGUGAUUAGGGUUGAUUAUUGUGCCCCUAGCCCAUUGGGUAAAAUAAUAGAUCUGAUUAGAAAUUGUUUUAAGGAUUACAUGUGGGCAUGGGGGAAUUGUCCCAUUCUGCCUGAAAUCAGUGCAGUGCUGGCUAAAAUCCCAGCUAUCUGCUACCAUAACUGGUGGCCCAGUGCAGGAAAUGGACAGACCCAGCAUGGAGCUGGCCCCAGAUCCUGUUCACCGACCUGCUUGCGUACUCAAACCACUGUAUUUUUCUGUUGAGCCUAUACUUGGGGAAAGAUCAAUAGCAUUUGAGGAAGUAAGAGAAAAUUGAUAAUCAUGUCCUGGUACCUCAGGGUAAUUCUUUCCCUCUGAACAAGGUGGCCUCCUUUGCCUGAUGACAGCUGUUGUCCAUAGGCACGUCAGACCCUUCCGUGGAGGCGACAGGUGCUCAGUCCAGUCUCUUCCCUGGCCUGCAGUGCAGUGCGCCCUUGGAGAAGAGGCCCAGUAGGGAAGGCUCCCUUUAGGCACCCCGGGAUGGGCCUCUGGACACUUGUCCCCUUUAAAGUGUCCUGGGGUGGCUUCAGUUAAGCGGAGCUGGGAGGAAAAACGGAAAUGUUUACAGUCAGUUCUCCAAAGCUUCUGAUCUUUCCUGAGAUUGUAACUGAAAACUGCUGUCUCUUGUUUUGUUCAUUUUGGGGGUGGUGGUGCUGGCUGGGCCAUGCCACGUGCAAUGUCUCUAAUUUAACGAAUUUGCCUCUUUCUCUGCUAAUUGAGAGAGCAUUAUUUAUUUGUUUUGACACAAGUGCUUUCAGUGUUUUACCCUAGCUAAUGGCUUCUUAAAGGUAAUAAAACCCUUCCAACCUAAUUGGUCAGAUAAGACUUUUUUCUCCUAUGCUUAAAUAAAGCAAUUAGUGAAGCGCUUCUAUCCAAAAUGACUUUUUUUGUCCUUUUUUAAAACUAAUUUACUGUUACUGGAAACUUUUUGUACAAUAAAGCAGUCAUGCAGAUUAAAGAACA